UCUCUCUGUGUGCCCGCAAGCGCCAUUUCUACGUGAUAACUUUAACCUUGCCACGCACUUGUUGGCUUGGAUUAGUUCCUGAAACAACGAACCCUCGAGCACCUACCGAAAUGGCAUCCCCUGUCAGAGUUGUUAUCACCGGAGCCGCGGGUCAAAUCGGCUAUUCUCUCGUACAAAUGGUUUGCCGUGGCGACGUUUUCGGACCCACUACCGGCGUGAUCGUUCAUCUGCUUGACAUCCCUCCGAUGCUCGAAGCUCUCGGAGGACUUGUCAUGGAACUCGAGGACUGCGCGUUCCCCUUGCUGAAAGGUGUUGUGGCCACGGCCGAUGUCCAACAAGCAUUCAGUGACGUGGAUGCGGCUUUCCUUGUGGGGGCCAUGCCUCGCCGAGAAGGCAUGGAGCGCAAGGAUCUGCUAUCUGCCAACGUCAAAAUUUUUAAAGCUCAGGGUCAGGCUUUAGACCAAUACGCGAAGAAGAGUGUGAAAAUCCUCGUCGUCGGAAAUCCGGCAAACACCAAUGCCGCGAUCUGCUCCAAGUACGCGCCGUCGAUUCCGAAGGAAAACUUCACCGCCAUGACUCGGCUCGAUCAAAACCGCGCUUGCGCUCAGAUCGCCAAGAGACUCAACAAGAGUGCGGAACAAGUGAAAAACGUCAUUAUUUGGGGGAACCACUCCUCAACGCAAUUCCCGGAUGCUUCCGCCGGAAUAAUUUGCGACGAUUCCUCGUGCCAGAAAGUCGUGGACGCUAUCAAAGACGAGGCCUAUCUGAACGGGGAUUUCAUAACCACGGUCCAGAAGAGAGGCCAAGCCGUCAUUCAGGCCCGCAAGCUUUCCUCGGCUAUGUCAGCCGCCAAGGCUGCUUGCGACCACAUGAGAGAUUGGUGGUUCGGUACCAAGGCUGGCGAGUUCGUUUCGAUGGGUGUCAUCUCUGACGGCAGCUACGGGGCCGCCAAGGACGUAAUCUUCUCUUUCCCAGUGGAGAUCAAGGACGGUCAGUGGAAAAUCCAUCAGGGUUUAUCGCUGACGCCAUUUGCUCAGGAGAAGAUCAAGAUAACUAGUGACGAGCUCGUCGAAGAGAAGGAGGCAGCUCUGACCGUUUGCCAGGAUUGACUCGCAGUCCAGUCUACGGCUAAGCUCUGAAGCUUCGAGUCCUUCUCUCUUUUCCGUGGUGCUUUCGGGCAAUAACUCCGAGAAAAUUCGUAGUCUUGGAUGUCUUAUCACCGAGAGAAUUUUGUUCGGGAAAGACAGUACAAAAAUGCUACAAACUAUGUAUUCGCUUGAUUCUGUUUCCUGUCUUCUUCUGUUUCCUCAAAUCCUCUUUUCUAUUGAUAGCUGUAGACAAAUGGACAUAACCUGAGCUGUUUGGAUGAAGACUGUUACAAACCUCAACAAGGGAGUACACCGCUAUCUGAAUAAAAUCACGGGUUUUAUUCUUA